AUGAAAAUGAUACACUCUAUCUUCGCUGCAACUAUUUGCCUUAGCGCUCUAAGUUCUGAGGCUUUUGUCCCUUCGUCUUUUGCUACGAAGAAAUGGCAACAAAUGGGACUCAAUAACUACGAUUGCUCGGAAGCAAGAACUGUAUUGAGUUGGAAACCAUUCAAGCUUGCUGAGAACGACGCAACACUAGAGGGCAAAGUUAGGGAUCGUAUGUUGGAAAUGCCAUCGUUCGAAAAUUUGCAAUCUGAAUUUGCCUUGAAUGCGCAAGAGGCCUUGACUCCAUUUGCCAAGACUAUAGACAAUUUGACGAAUGGAUGGGCUUUGAGCUAUGCAGAUCUAUCACCAGAAAGCGAGAAUACUCCCCUUGGUCAAGCAUUUUUGGCAACAAAUAUUGCAUAUGCUGUCGUCGGUAUAGUGCUUGGAAUCCAUGGUGACGUUUUGCUUGGUACAUUGACGGAAAUUGCGAGCGUAGCAAGCUUCUUUUAUCACUAUACACAACUUCAAGCUUCCAACAAUCGGAUACAGGACAGCUCUGUAAGAUUGGCCUUAUCAAUUGAUUACGUUUGUGCUUGCACAGCAAUUUUGGUUGGUCUUGUAUAUCUGGGAUUGGAUCAUCAGAUGCCACCAUUGGAAGCAGUUGUCAGUGGUUCUGCAGGAAUACUUUGCUUGAGUUUGGGCUGGGUUUGGGAGUAUGGUUGGCGAUACCUUGUGACUCAUUCCUUGUGGCACUUGUUUUCGGCCUACACGGCAUUUGUCGUUGGCAACGCUCAUCUUUUGACUUAA